CCCAGAGCCCCGGGUCACCCAUGAGGCUGGAGGCCGCAGCCAGGAUGGAUCUGUUCAGGAAGCUGUGGAGGGCGAGGAAGCUGAUCGUUGUGGUGUUCAUCCCUCUGUCCCUGCUUCCCUUACCGCUCAUCCAUCCCACCAGCGAGGCAUGUUGCGCUUACGUGCUGAUGGUGACGGCGGUCUACUGGGUCUCCGAGGCGGUUCCUUUGGGUGCUGCCGCUCUGGUCCCGGCCUUCCUCUACCCGCUAUUUGGAGUGCUCAAAUCCAGCGAGGUGGCAGCAGAGUACUGUAAAGAUACCACCCUGCUGCUGAUGGGAGUCAUCUGCCUGGCAGCCUCCAUAGAGAAAUGGAACCUGCACAAACGCAUCGCUCUGAGGAUGGUGAUGAUUGCAGGGGCAAAGCCUGGCAUGCUGGUGCUGGGCUUCAUGUGCUGCACGGUGUUUCUGUCCAUGUGGCUCAGCAACACGUCCACCACAGCCAUGGUGAUGCCCAUAGCCGAGGCCGUCCUGCAGCAGUUGAUCUGCACCGGCCUGGCCGACAACCACAACGACUCCGAAACGGUAGAGGCCCCCGAGGAUGAGAGUGCUGUGUCGGGCAAAGAAGAUAAUUUGGACAAAAACCAGUUAGAGCUGCUCUAUCGCAACAACAGCAACGACUGCAGUAAACAAAAAUCUUCUACGCUAAGUGUGGUACAGACCGUUGAGGUAAAUGGUCUGGGUCUGCCAAUCUCCAUCCACAGAGGCCACGGCAAUGGACAACUGCCGCAGGCUGCGAUUGAAAUCCCAAACGUGAAGCGCAUCAAAGCCAGGAGAGACUCUCAGUAUCCCACCAAAAGGGACCACUUGAUCUGUAAAUGUCUCUCGCUCAGCAUCACCUAUGCAGCGACCAUCGGUGGUCUUAUCACCAUCACUGGCACGUCAACCAACCUCAUCUUUGCUGAGCAGUUUAACAACCGUUAUCCAGAGGCAAAGGUGAUCAACUUUGGCACGUGGUUCAUCUUCAGCUUCCCCAUCGCCAUCAUCAUGCUGAUCCUCACCUGGCUGUGGCUGCACUUCCUCUUCCUCGGCUGCAACUUCAGAGAGACGUGCUCGUGGAGUAAGAAACGCAAAACCAGGAGGGAGAUGCUGUCAGAGAAGAGGAUCCACGAGGAAUAUGCUAAACUUGGACCCAUAAGCUACCCUGAGGUUGUGACCGGUGUUUUCUUCAUCUUGAUGACUCUGCUGUGGUUCACCAGAGAGCCUGGCUUCGUGCCCGGCUGGACGUCUCUCUUUGAAAAGAAGGGAUACAGGACCGAUGCAACAGUGUCUGUCCUUCUGGGCUUCCUGCUCUUCCUCAUCCCUGCCAGACGACCCUUCUCCUCCUCCUCCCCCUCCUCCUCAUCCAGCUGUACAGACUCAGAUGAGGAUCCAGAGUCUGACCCGCUUGCUCCCAUGAUCACCUGGAAGGACUUCCAGAGGCUGAUGCCGUGGGAGAUCGUCAUCCUGGUGGGAGGAGGCUAUGCCCUGGCAGCUGGCUGCAAGGUGUCAGGCCUGUCCGUGUGGAUUGGCAGACAGCUGGAGCCCAUGAGCGGCCUUCCUCCCUGGGCCGUCACCCUGCUGGCCUGCCUGCUGGUGUCGGCGGUCACUGAGUUUGCCUCCAACCCGGCAACUCUCACCGUAUUCCUGCCCAUCCUGUCAGCGCUGUCGGAGACUCUGCUCAUCAACCCCCUCCACACUUUGAUCCCGUCCACCAUGUGCGUGUCAUUCGGGGUCAUGCUUCCAGUGGGGAACCCCCCCAACGCCAUCGUCUUCAGUUACGGCCACGUGCAGAUCAGUGACAUGGUGAAAGCGGGAUUCGGGGUGAACCUGAUCGGUGUGGCCGUGGUGAUGCUGGCCAUCACCACCUGGGGGGUCCCACUCUUCAACCUGACCGAGUUCCCGGCCUGGGCCGUGGCCAGGAACGUCACCGGGAGCUUAUAACCACCGACGGGCUGGGACCAGCGGUGAGGAGAGGGAUGAAAGCCGACAGACGGAAGGAGGGAAAGUUUCCGUGUUGAGAGACAAUGAUAAUAAAUAAUAAUAAUAAAAAAAAGAAGCAGUUACGUGGCGUGCCAAGAGGAGAACCAGACUGAAUAAACUGGCUUUAAAGGAGGACGAUGGAUGGCGCAAAGGUGGAGAAGAAGAAGAUUUUAUUUGUAUUGGCCUCAUGUGGUUGUUUCAAGGAAUGUUAAAGUGGACACUGGGAGAACAAUGAACUCCAACAUUUAUUAUUAUUAUUAUUAUUUUAAAUCUCUGUAAAUGUUUGACGGAGAUUAUGUUUUCAUCAAAUCAUUAAAAACCACAAACCUAUUUGUGGUGAUCGAGA